GUUAAAUUUAAAAUAAACCAAAUCUCGCUGUCCUGUUAAAAACUUGUAAAAUGGGGCAUUCAUCUGAGCUAGACUUCAUAACCAUGCAUAAAAACCAAUUAAUUGCCUCUGGCGUGCCGGAAUUAUACUGGAAAACAUUAGAGACUAAACUAAAAGGACAAAUUUUUGAUGCCGGCGAGUAUUUUCAAAUAGUAAAACUUGAAUAUGACGGAAAAAAAGAAGAGUGCGACCCGAUUUUUGCGCUGCAAGCACUCAAAGAUAUCUCUAAGAAAGACGCUAACAGUAUUUUUUUGAUUGAUCAUUGCUGGACGUUUAAGGCAAAUGAAGGAAAGAAAAAACUGUUGGAGAAUGAGAAGUUGAGGCUACGAUUAGCAGCAAUGUUUGAUAUUGAUAAAGACUUACCUAUUGAUAAAUUGGUAGAAGAAAUUUACAAGUAUUCAUGGAAAGUUAGUGGGACAUAUUCAAUUGCUAGCAAUGUUACUGCAGAAGAUAGAGUUCCUGUGUGGUACAUCAUGGACGAACUAGGCAGUGCAGUAUACCACAACGACAACCCCAACUGCCGAAUUGUGCCCUUUAUGUACGUAAACGAGCAUACAAUGUACUCCCUACUAUUCCCCACAGACGACAUAGAGGAAGACUACCUAGCUAAAAGAGACUACGCUGAAAGCGUAAAAGACCCCAUCAAAAAAUACGCAGCUUUACUGGCUUGGUGGCACAAAGAUUUCACCGAAUUAUCCCCUGAAGCGCCUAUACCAGACAAAGAGUAUUAUUUAUCCGGGCAUAUACCAGAGACAUUACCAGAAUUGAGUAGUGGUGAGAAAUUAGAUAGUAGUAAGAAAGAUAAAUUUAAGGUUUAUUCACAGUAUAAUUUGAUUUGUGAGUAUUUAAAGGAUGAUAGAUUUGAGUUUGUCGAUUCAGAAGAGACAGCGGAUAUUAUGUGGUAUUUAGAUCACUUUAGUGAUUUUAAAGAGUUGAGUAAAACUCCCCAGAAGUUGGUAAAUCAGUUCCCAUACGAGUAUGUUUUGACAGUUAAGGAUUUAUUGUCCAUGACUUGUAGAAGAAGUGAAAAUAAAGACUGGUUUCCAUUGACUUAUAAUUUAAAUACAGAGAUACAUCAUUUUUUGAGUUGUUUUCAAAGCAGGGUUAAAGAAGGGUUAGAUAACUAUUGGAUAGUAAAGCCUUAUAAUUUAGCCAGAGGUUUAGAUAUGUACAUAACUAAUAAUGUGUAUAGUUUGGUAAGGAUGGCUGAAACAGGCCCUAAAAUUGUACAAAAGUAUAUAACAAACCCUGUUUUAUUCCAUAGAGCUGAUAUAGGGGAGAGAGUUAAAUUUGAUAUCCGUUAUGUAUUAUUAUUAAAACAAUCACAACCUUUAGAGGCAUAUGUUUACAAACAAUUCUUCUUAAGGUUUGCUAACAAAUCUUUUGACCUCAGCGACUUUGAUGUAUAUGAAAAACAUUUUACUGUAAUGAAUUACCAAGAUAACCUUAACCUCAAAAAAUGUCUAGCCGAGGAUUUUAAAACCUUAUGGAUGCAACAGUACGCCAACUACCCCUGGGAGAAAGUAGAAUCAUCGAUACUAAAAAUGUUUCGUCAAUUGUUCGAGUCAGCAGUGCUAGAAAGUGCUCCCUGCGGUAUACCCGCUUCGCCGCAAUCUAGAUCGUUGUACGCGGCCGAUAUCAUGUUGGAGUGGACGGAAACGAACGAAAUUCAGCCAAAGUUGCUCGAAGUUAAUUUUGCGCCCGAUUGCAAGAGGGCAUGCGAAUAUUAUCCAAGUUUUUACGAUGAUAUUUUUAGGUUGUUGUUUUUGGAUGAGAAGUCCGAUGGUUUUUUCGAAUUGUAGAUGUUUUUUUAUAUCAAAAUUGUGCUUUUUAAUUUAGUAUUGGGUUUUAUAGAAACAGG